GACUUGUGUGAAUACGACAGUCGGACAAGGCAAUUCUGUAGCCAGCUUAGUACGUUCCAUAAAAUAUCAUUAAAAUAUAAAAUACAAUGUGUUUAAUGUUAGAAUUUUGCAAUUGCGUGAAAAAUGUUAACGAUUGAAUGUGUAAAUGCCAAAUUUUAAUAAUUAUCGUCUGUUGACUUUUUAUUUAUAUUUUUUCGGUUCUUCGUACUACUUAGUAUUCAUACCACUACAUACUAAUAAAUAACAAGAUUGAGAAAAAUAUGGGCAUUAAAGAUGAUUUUGUAUCAAAUAUUAUAAGAAAUGAAAUUCAUUACCGCAAGAAACAAAAAAAAACUAAAGGUGCUACUAGUACUACAUACUCUUCAAAAAAUGCAUUGGAUGAUGAAGAAUUUAAAUUUUUAUUGAAAAGAAUUGCAGAAAAAUUGAAUAAAAAGAAAAAGAAAUCAAAUAAAAUACAAUUAAAAAUUGGAAAAGCGUCCAAUUAUACUAAAGAUGAUGAAGUAAAAUGCAACACAUGUAAACAGUUAUUCUCUAAGACCUAUUUGGUUAUUCAUAUGCAAUCUCAUAAGGCUUUAUAUAAUUGUGAUAUUUGUAACAAGAAUUUCUCUUACCUUUCAAUAUUCAAUAGACACAAAGCAACUCACAAAAGGGAUGUGGUAAUCUAUGAAUGUAAAUUAUGUAAUAUAACAUUUAGGAAUCCUAAUGAUUUAUCCAAACAUGAUAUAUUUCAUGAAGAAGAAAGUAUAAAAUGUCUAUUUUGUUUUAAAACAUUUAAGCAAUUUAAUGAUUUUCUGAACCACAUUAAUAUGUACUCAUUUGACAAACCCACUCAAAGUUUAACUAAUCGUAUAAAAAUACACAGUGAAGGCAUACACUGCUCAUCAUGUUGUACUUGUAAAAUGAGUUUUGCAAAACGUGAUACUGUCAUAAAAUAUAUUGUAUGAUACAUUUCAUUGAAGAACUAAUACAAUUUUCCUAAUCAAAGGCAACACAUUAUAAUGUUAACAUUUAUAUAUUUUUAUUUUAAA